AUGUCCUCAUGGGAGGAAAUUCAGGCCGUCAAAGUGAAGCGCAACAGCUUGCGCGAGAAGCUGGAGAAACGCAAAAAGGAACGGCAAGAUUUGCUCGGCAAUAACAGCCCGGGACCGGGCGGCGUCGUGAGUCUGAUCAAACUGGAAUCGGGCAGCCUGCUGGGCGAGGACAAGGGUAAACUUCUUCUAACUACAAUCAAACUGGAACAAGGAAAUGACAUCGAUGCCGAGGUGGAGAAAUGUUUGGUGCAGGUGCUGGCGGACCGAACGUUGAUAUUACCCACCAACUCGGCGCAGAUCACGGAGCGUGUGGAAAAGUUUAUCCAAAAGUCGGUGCUGCGCGAUUCCGUGUCCUACUACCUCCACAAGCUGGCCGGUCAGAGUUUGGUCAACAUAAAGGAGGUCAGCAUCGGCGGAACGGUCGGUUACGAGGUGAUCUCGGUCGAGCACGCCAACCUGCAGGUCCUGUACGAUGAUAUGGGCAUGAACCGUGCACCGAUGGCAGCCGGGCGGGAACCGAACAAACGAAAAGCGCCACUCGGUGCGAAAGAGGAGGAACUCGGUGGCAAGGUGGCUCGCACGGGUGCGAACAGCAAAGAGGACACCCAUCGGAGGGGGAAUGCAGUGGACUCGUCCGGGUCGUCCGCCUCAUGCCAAGCUUCCGAUAUUAUGUCCCUGCUGUCACUGCCGUCGACGCGCGAAAAGCAGAGCAAAAAGGUGGGUGAAGAAAUCCUGGAACUGCUGUCCAAACCAACGGCGAAGGAGCGCUCGUUGGCGGAGAAGUUUAAAUCUCAGGGCGGUGCCCAGGUGAUGGAAUUCUGCCCGCACGGGACGCGCAUCGAGUGCAUUCGGUCGCUCGAAACGCUCUACGCCAACGAGUCGUCAUCGUCGCCGGUGCCAAACGACAAGAACAAGGGGGGAAGCGAUUACGACAAAGACGACGACAAGGACGAUAGCCGCGACGGCGGCGUUGUUGGCGGCGUUGUCGUCAAGAAAGAACACGACGGAGAUGAUGGCGCGAUAGUUAGCAGGGAUGAACAAAGUAAAAAUGGCACCGAAAGUAGUGUCAGUAGUGAGGACGUGAAAAAAGAACUUCUUGAUCCGGUGGAGUCACCCGAGCACAGCCCGGUGGUGGGGCUGACCGAGAAGGCAAAGUACCAGUGCAACAAGCUGCACUUCAAAAAGAUCAUCCAGAACCACACGGACGAAACGCUGGGCGAUUGCAGCUUCCUCAACACCUGCUUCCACAUGGACACGUGCAAGUACGUGCACUACGAAGUCGACACGUACGUGGGCCAUACGCCGGCCAGCCAGGUGCCCGUAAAGUUUGAAACACCCGAUGGCGACGAGGACGAAGCGCAUGUCGGUGCCAAACGGCCUAUCACGGAUCCGUGCGCCACGCUCUAUCCACCGCAGUGGAUCCAGUGCGAUCUGCGGUACCUUGAUAUGACGGUACUGGGCAAGUUUGCAGUAGUAAUGGCCGACCCGCCCUGGGACAUUCACAUGGAGCUGCCGUACGGUACGAUGUCGGAUGACGAGAUGCGUCAGCUGGGCGUACCAGCGCUACAGGACGAUGGACUGAUCUUCCUGUGGGUGACCGGGCGGGCCAUGGAACUAGGACGCGAGUGUUUGAAGCUGUGGGGUUACGAGCGGGUCGACGAGCUGAUAUGGGUGAAAACAAACCAGCUGCAGCGGAUCAUCCGCACCGGGCGCACGGGGCACUGGUUGAACCACGGCAAAGAGCACUGCCUGGUGGGGAUGAAGGGCAACCCGCCCAAUCUGAACCGUGGACUCGACUGUGAUGUAAUUGUAGCCGAGGUGCGGGCCACGAGCCACAAACCGGACGAAAUUUACGGCAUCAUCGAACGGUUAAGCCCGGGAACGCGCAAAAUUGAACUGUUUGGCCGUCCGCACAACGUGCAGCCCAAUUGGAUAACGCUAGGCAAUCAGCUCGACGGAAUCCGACUGGUGGACCCGGAACUAAUAAGCUCGUUUCAAAAGCGGUACCCCGACGGUAACUGUAUGACCCCGGGAAAGAAUCCCUAAACGCACGCAAGGGAAUCCCUAAACGCAGGGAACUGGGUAUCAGGCUGUUACGUGGCCUUCGCCAGACGAAUGAAAU